CCGCCCGUCAUGGCGGCUUUCCGGCAGUGGAAGGCGCAGCGACUGGCGCGGGCGGACGGCAGCAGGAAAGGCGCCCUGGACGAGCGGGCCGCCGCCGUGGUGGAGCUCCUCAACGGGCGAGCCCGGUUCUGCACCACCAGCUCCUGCUCGGGCCGUCUCGUCCUGGCGCAGGGCAGCGCCGCGGAUGUAAACAGCUGGGAGAUCCAGAAGAAAAACUGCACAUGGCUCAUGGUAACACAUGAAACGUGUAUCAAAGAUGAUGUGAUGACAGCAUUAGAGAAAGCCACUGGUGAUGUUGUGCUCAAGUUUGAACCCUUUGUUCUUCAUGUGCUAUGUCAAGAGCUGCAAGAUGCACAGCUUCUGCAUUCAGUGGCUAUCGAUUCUGGCUUCAAGAACUCUGGUAUUACAGUUGGCAGAGGAGGAAAAAUUAUGAUGGCUGUCCGGAGCACUCAUUGCUUAGAAGUUCCAUUGAGCCACAAGGGGAAACUGAUGGUCUCCGAAGAAUAUAUUGAAUUUCUGAUACAUGUAGCUAAUCGGAAAAUGGAAGAAAACACAAGGAGGAUUGACAGAUUCUACAAACACUUAGAGUUAGCUUUAAAAACUUCCGUCAGUGCAAAUAACUCGCCUUCUGAGGAGACAGAGAAGAAUCGCCCUGUGUACACUCACAGAAGAAAGAGAAAGACCAUUCAAGAACAAGAUGUACGCACCUCUCCAAAGGAUCACAACAAAGAACUGGAGCCUGAGGACGAUACAGAAAACACUCUUGAUAUUUUUGCUGAAAUCAUGAUAUAAACUAAGGCAUUUGAAAGCAAAUGGCAAACUGAGUAAUAAUUGUAAUGCUCUUUGUAAGAGAUAUAAACACUGCCCUGUUCUAAGUAGUAACACUCUCAUGGACAUUUACCAGGAAAAAAGGUAAUUAAACAGAAUUGUGAACAGGUUUAAUGCCACAGAAGCACAGAGAACAAAACCUUAGAAUGUUUUGGGGGUUUUUUUAACAGCACUGUUGACUUAACAAUCUUUUACUCUGUCAGUUAUGACAGAAAUAACUGGCUUGCUACAGCCUCGGCCAUGUUCUCUGUGGAAGCGUUUCACUUCCAAAUGCUGAGUUUAGGCCUGGUUUUUGCAGAGCAGAGAAACUCUAAAAACUGGGUUGUUAUCCUUGAAGGUUUUUAAUCCGUGUAGGACCUCUGCAAAACAGUGUGCACCAAUAUACCUGGCCCUUUCAGAACAGCACAAAGCCACGUUAGUCAGCUGAAGAACAGUACCUGGUGUGGAGGUUAGAGUAGAAAAGUAGAAGUUAACGCACUGCUCUGUGCCGGCUUCAGCCAGGCGCGUCCGGGAUCCUUCCCGACUGUUGCACCGGGCAGCAAAGUUGAUGCUGUUGUCCUGCACUUCACUGUGUUUCAGGCUCCAGCCCCUCUGUGUUCACGUGUUCUGCUUCCCUUGGCCGGCAGCCAUUAAGCGUUAUUUUUCUUUGCAUCUUUUAGCCAACUCGGUAUGCUGAUAGUUCGUUAGCUCACUUACAUAUCAUUCCAUGUGGCCAGCACCCAGCUCCAGUUCCAGCUGUUGGGCAGAAAGUCAACCAAAGCAUACAGCAACGGGCUUUCUUACCCGGCUGUGAACCACUGACAUGCAAUAAACAUUAGGUAUAAAACAGUGGAAUCAUUUGUGUGUUCCUGUAUUGUACCCCUGAAAAAGUCACCCCAUACUCGUGUUUUUCAGAAAAAUGGUGAAUUUGUAAACCUUAGCAACAGUGAAUUCUGAGCCUGCCCUUUUAUGACUGAGUGAUCGCUAACACUGCAAAACAAGACCCUGACUGAAGGAAGUGGUUUAUUUGGUACCGUAACUCCCAGUUCAUAUAGGUCAUUGUUUCCAUUAUGUAAGCCUAUGUCUUGGGGACAUUUUAAUUCCACUGUAAAAAUUUGGCAUACUAGGUGGCAGCCAAAGGGAAAAGUAAUUGGGGGCUUUAAAUAGAUUCUGAAAGACCUGUUAGGCUGUGUUUCCAGCAGCAGGCAUGCCAAAACAAAUAAACUUGAGCCUUUUGUGUUGCUUGUUUGUGUUACUAACUUA